AUGUCCCAUAAGGUUGCGAUCAUCCAACAUCUCGAUGAAUUGACAGACGAAUGCAGUGAGGUGGGUGUAUGCAACGCUGUCUCUAUCAAACGAGAUGGCGAUAAACACAACUACGUGGGCACGAACACUGAUGUCGAUGGUAUCCGAGACGCGUUUGUGCAGAACGUGCCUGGAGAGAUGUUUCAAGGUAAAUAUGCUUUGGUUGUUGGUGGUGGAGGUGCUGCUCGCAGUGCCGUCUAUGCCUUGGAGGUUUUCAUGAAUGCUACGACUGUCUACUUGGUCAACAGAGAUAAGAGUGAAGUCGACGCGGUGAUUUCCUGGUGCAGGGAUUACGGUUAUGGAGACAGCUUGGUACNNGUCUCGAUCGUCAAACAGGCACAAACCAUUGAGAGCGUCGGCUCGAUCGUGGCGUGCGUGCCAGACUUUGCACCAUCGACCCCAGCAGAAUUCGAGGCACGUGGGAUUCUCGAAGUCUUCCUAGGCAAGUCAAAAGGCGCGAUACUGGAGAUGUGCUACCAUCCAAAACCUUGGACUUAG